UAAGAAACUUUGAAGGGGAAUCUUCUAAUAUGGAGUUUGUUAGAAAUGAGGUAGAUGCAUUAUACCAUGAAAUGGUAGUUGAUGCAAUGGGUGCACAGUCUGAAUACAAUGACGGGCCAAUGGCUGAGGAGCCAAAUAGUAAGGCAAGAGAAUUUUAUGAUCUCUUGCAUGUUGCAGAAGUUCAUAUAAGUGCUGAGGGACAGGAUGUUACAAUACUUUUAUGGAUGGCAGAAAUACUAAACAUGAAAACUCUUUAUAAUAUGAGUGCUGCUAAUUGGGAAAUGGCAUUAUCAUUGAGUCAAAAGUUGUUGAGUCUAGAGGACCAAGAAAAGGUGCCAAAGGAUUUCUAUAGUGCAAAAAAAAUGAUAAAUGUGCUUGGACUUGGGUACAAGAAAAUUGAUAUUUGUGUCAAUGAUUGCUUCUUGUAUUAUGAUGAGCAAAGUAAGAAUUUAACUGCUUGUCCAGUGUGUGGAGAAUCUCGUUAUGAGCCAAGGAAUAUGUCUGCUUAUAAGCGACUAUACAUGUCUAGAAAAACAGCAAAGCAUAUGACAUGGCAUUUGAAAUGCCAUGAGGAUGCGGAUGAAGUUAUUCAUCCUGUGGGUAGUGAGGUAUGGAAACACUUUGAUGAAACCCACCCAACAUUUGCUGAUGAACCUAGAAAUGUUAGCCUUGGCCUCUGUACAGAUGGUUUCAAUCCAUUUGGUUGCUCUGCAAUGCCUUACUCUUGUUGUCUUGUUUUUCUUACAGUGUACAACCUUCCUCCUGAAUUGUAAUUGAUACCUCAAGAUGAUGGAACAACUAUAAAACCCAAUGCUUCAUAUGUUCUUACUCGAGAGCAACGAGCUCUUAUCUGUCAGUGGCUGAAGGAAUUGAGAUUCCCAGAUGGAUAUGCAUUCAAUAUAGCACGAUGUGUUUACAUGCAGGAACUUCGAUUGUUUGGGAUGAAAAGUCAUGAUUGUCAUGUAUUCAUGCAACGUCUCUUGCCAAUUGCUUUCCAUGAUUUCCUCAUAGAAGAAGUUUGGGAUCCCUUAAUUGAGAUGAGUAACUUUUUUAGAGCUUUAAUUGCUCCAAUUAUUCAAUUUAAGACAACGGUGCGUAGUGGAAGAUAUGAGAUUGAUUCUCGCCUUUUGCCUUUAGUAACUAGCCCAGUCAAUAACGUUAGGUGUGAGUGGUAUGAUAUCAACAAAGGCAUUGUGGUCCAUCCGACAUCUGGUAUAGUUGACAUAAAUCCUCAGUUUAAAUUACAAACAGAUGAACCAUUCAUAUUGGCUAGUAAAGCUCAACAAGUGUUUUAUGCCUGUUAUCCAUCUCAAAAUCCUUGUAGAAAAGGGUGGUUUGCUGCAUGUAAGAUUAGAGCAAGAGCAAUAAUCGACACUUCAUCAUUGAGUGACGGUGGAAAUAUUUAUUAUCAAGACGAUGAUCCUCCUAUUCCACAAUUGGUGCAACCCUCGACUGUUUUAAAUGAUCAUGUUUCAUUAGCAUCUCAAGGGGGAGAACAAGUGGUGAUUAGUGAGGUCAUGCAAUUACCAUAUGUGACAGAGGAAGAAUGUGUGGGUGAGGAUGAUGAUGAAGAGGAAGAGUUUGAUGGAACGAAAACAUCGGAAGAAGAAGUUCCAAAUUACUUAACCAAGAGUGAUAGUGACUAAAUGUAUCUUAUUUGAUUUUUUUAAUUAAUUGAACAAGAGAUG